GAAGGUCAAAACCGAACACCUCUGUUUCGCAGCGUAUAAAUAAACAAAAACGAGCAAUCCAUUUUCUGAAACAAUACACAAAUUCAAAAUUACGUAUAAUGUUAGAUAGCAAUUGCGAUGAUCAUCACCAUCAAUCCAAGCACCGCGAGCGGAGGAUUCUUCCAAAGCGCAUAAUCCUCAUCCGCCACGGCGAGAGCGCCGGCAACAUCGACGGCGCCGCCUACGCCACCACCCCCGACAACCGCAUCCCCCUCACUCCCCAGGGCGACCUGCAGUCCCAGCGCGCCGGCGCUCAGAUCUACGACCUCGUAUCCGACUCCGGCGCCUCCUCCAACUGGAAGGUCUACUUCUACGUCUCCCCCUACGCCAGGACGCGUUCCACCCUCCGCGGAAUCGGCCGAGCCUUUCCGAGGAGCAGAAUCAUCGGCGCCAGGGAGGAAUGUCGGAUCCGAGAGCAGGAUUUCGGCAAUUUUCAGGUUGCUGAACGGAUGAAGGUUAUUAAGGAGAUCAGGGAGAGGUUUGGGAGGUUCUUCUAUCGAUUUCCUGAGGGCGAGUCUGCCGCCGAUGUUUUCGAUCGCGUUUCGAGUUUUCUUGAAUCCUUAUGGAGGGACAUAGAUAUGAGCAGGCUCCACCAUGACCCAACUGACGAACUUAACCUUGUUAUCGUAUCACACGGACUUGCGAUUCGCGUGUUUCUUAUGAAGUGGUUCAAAUGGACAGUCGAGCAGUUUGAGCACUUGAAUAACCUUGGGAACUGUGAGUUCCAGGUAAUGCAGCUAGGCGAAGGAGGAGAAUACAGUCUUGCGGUCCAACACAGUGAAGAACAAAUGCAAGAAUGGGGAUUAUCCCCUGAUAUGAUAGCAGACCAACAGUGGCGAGCUCAAGCUAACAAGGGUAACUGGACCGACAGCUGCUCGUGGUAUCCCAACUCCUUCUUUGACAAGUUUGCAGACCCAGAAACUGAAGGCACUGGUGAUGAGUUACAAUCACCGCCCUAUUUUGACUGCUCAAAUGAUUCUUAAUCCGUCAUUUUUCUGCCUGUUGAUGAACAUGUUGUAUUGACUUAGUAUGCUAACUCAUUGAAUAGUAAAGAAUGUGGGAAACAAGAAAGAGAAUUGAUGAUUAAUUUUUGUAUGUA